AUGCACAUUGUACCUUUUCUCAUUCUUUUACUUGUGUUUGCGUUUGGUCGUUCUGAGUUUGUUAACACUGAUGUAGCACAGACUGUUUAUGCCGAUUCGCAUAUCAUUCGUAUCGAUGCCGAAAUAACCCUUGAUCUUUCUGAGGGCCCUGUUGGGAUGUACCAUUAUGCAAUUGACCCUGACAUCUCUGAUCAUUUAUCCUUUAUAGAAGCUAAGAUUAAUUCCAAAACAUCGGUACCCGUGGAACGUAUUUCGGAAGUAUCGAAUGUGACGGAGUUUGUCAUCAGGAUCCCAGCCGAAAAUUCGGGGAAACGUUUUAAAUUUACGGUUUCCUCUUUCUUCACGGGUUUACUCAAGCCGAAGCCCGCCAAAAUCCUUCAAGCUGACAAACAACUGGUGGAAUUUGUAAUUAACGUGGGUUAUUUCUCGGUAUAUCCAUCCCAACGCGUUACUACAACUGUUGUUUUGAGUCCUGGUGAUGUGCUCUUCUACACCAUCGAUCUUCAGCCAGUUCACAAAACGGCAUCCAGGAUAAAAUACGGCCCUUUUGAAAAUGCUCCACCUUUUGACAAGGUGAUCAUCUAG